AUCUUCACCUGAUUACAUUGCUAAUAUAAGUCGAAUAUUUGGAUUAUUACGGCUUCUCACUUUGGGAAUACCGGAAAAUAUGAAGCUUUUCGUUACCCUUGCUGUAUUCGCAUUCUUAGGAUGCUCCUUUGCAGAGAAACUGCUAAGGAUUCCGGUAGAGAGAACGAAGCCCGUGAGACAUUUGCUUCAUGAAGUGGGUACACCCGUUGAAGCGGCCUUGCCUUUACGUUAUCGACCAAACAGCCCCGUUCCCGAGCCACUUUCCAAUUAUUUGGAUGCUCAAUACUAUGGACAGAUAUCCAUUGGAACUCCUCCUCAGAACUUCAAGGUGGUCUUUGACACUGGCUCGUCCAAUUUGUGGAUUCCCUCCAAGAAAUGCAAAUGGACUAACGUUGCUUGCUUAAUUCACAACAAAUAUGACAGCAGCAAAUCCAGUACAUACAAGGCAAAUGGAACAGCUUUAGAAAUCAAGUACGGCAGUGGAAGUAUGACCGGCUUUCUAAGCACUGACACUGUUCAAAUCGGAGGAACAAAGAUUGCAGGUCAAACGUUUGGUGAAGCAGUCACGGAGCCCGGUUUGACUUUUGUCGCUGCUAAGUUUGACGGUAUCCUUGGCUUGGGAUUCAGCUCUAUCUCUGUAGAUGGUGUGGUACCCGUUUUCGACAACAUGCUGAAGGAAAAAUUGGUCGACGCUCCCGUUUUCUCCUUUUAUCUUAACAGAAACCCUGAUGCCAGUACUGGAGGUGAAAUCAUUUUUGGAGGCAGUGAUUCCAAGCACUACAAAGGCGAUUUUACCUAUGUACCUGUGACUAAGAAAGGAUACUGGCAGUUUUCCAUGGACGCAGUGUCUGUAAAUGGUAAAACUGGAGCUUACUGCGCUGGUGGAUGUCAAGCUAUUGCUGAUACUGGUACCUCCCUGAUUGCUGGACCUGUCUCUGAGAUCGACAAACUGAACAAAGAAAUUGGAGCCACGCCCCUUACCCAAGGAGAGUAUGUUAUCGAUUGCAGUUUAGUUCCCAAGCUGCCAACAAUUUCCUUUACAUUUGCUGGAAAGACUUUCGAUCUGCAAGGCUCUGACUAUGUUGUUAAGGUGUCUGAAAUGGGCCAGAGUAUUUGCCUGAGUGGAUUCAUGGGAAUCGAUGUUCCAGCACCAAUGGGCCCUCUGUGGAUUCUGGGUGAUGUGUUCAUCGGACGUUACUACACUGAGUUCGAUUACAGCAACAGUCGAGUUGGAUUCGCCAAUGCUGUUUGAAGCGGAAAUAUGUUUUUUUUUUUAAGGUUUUGAGAAGGAACUUUUAAAUAAUUUCAGCACAAAAAGUCAACAAUGUGCUUACGACAAAGUUGAAACCUGAUUAAAAUAAAACAUUUCUAUGUGAAUUAGUUUCUUUUAUUAAAAUAUGAAAAUUGUGUGUG